AUGUCUGCUUCUGAAACAGCAACUAUAAAGAAAAAUUAUACAAAACAAGAAAUAAAAAUAUUGGUUGAUGCUAACGAUCCUUUAAUUACAUUAUCAAAACCAACACUUUUUACAAGUUCACAUUGGUCUAAUUUUUCUCAAAUUAGUGUGAACAGUGUAUUACAAAAUUUCAUCCUAUGUGAAAAAAAUAAAUGUAUUUUAAAACACACAUCAUCCAGUGGUACAAAUGCUUUGUCAAAACAUAAAUGCAAAAUUGAACCAAACUCCAAAUCACAACAAUUAAUAACUCCACAUUUAUUAUCUGAUUUGAAUAAGAGUCAAAAGAAUAAAGUACCACCAGCAAUUAAGCAACGAAUCACGACAGCAUCACUUGAAUAUUGUGUCCUGGAUUCGCGUCCGUUUGAACAAGUAUCUGGAGUUGGGUUUGUUAGUUUAGCGAAAACGUUAAUACAAACGGGAACACAUCAUCCUAAUAUAUUACGUAUAACAAGCGUUGAAAAAUUGUUACCACAUCCUUCUACAUUGAGUCGAAAUUUAGAACAAAUGUACAAUGAACAAAAAUCACAAUUAGCUGGCAUAUGUACAUCAUUAGAGUCGUACACAAUUACUGUUGAUUUCUGGACUGAAAGUUUUACAGGUAGUUAUUGCAUUUCAUGUUUUUUCUACAGCGCUUCACAGUGGUUUAUUGUUCAAAGCAGGCUUUCUAAGAGAUCUUUGGAAAACCAGUUCAUAGCUCAAAACCUUCGUUCUUUUUGACAUGGUUUAAUACAGUUCAUCGAGUUGCAUCCGAAAAUAUCAUUUUUAAGUUUCAGAACACAGUUUUCGUGGAGAAAAAUUUGAAACUACGAAAAGAUGUGAACUUAGUCAAGUUUAGGAAAGUUUUCAAAAACAAGCCAAAUUUUCAUAUUUAUCACUCUUUAUAAAUUCUAAAAGUAUUUUAUUCUAACUACUUAUGUAAAAAUCAUUAGAAAAAAGUUAGGUUUCAAAUCUUUAAAACUAAAACUGGCUAAAAGUGAAUUAAACUUGAGUAGGGUCAUUACUUAUGUGAUGGUGUAUUUUGCAAACCUAUCUACUUUUUGCAAUUAAGAAAUGGAACAAUUUCCUUUAGUCGAUGAUAUGAACCAGAGUCCGAAGAAUAAAAGUAUCCAUUGAUUUUCUUUUGACUUUUUAUCAUUGCGGCUUAAAUAAAUACUUUUCAAAAAGUCGUCGAAAAUACAAAAUUCUACUCAUACUUUUCAAAUACUUUU